AGCCGUUUGUGACGCGCGUGUCCGCUGGGUGGCGGGCGAGGCGCGCGCUGACGCACUUCACCUGUCCUCGCGGCGCAGAGCACCCGCCCGGAGAGAGCAGCUCACACAAAGUCCGUGUCCUCCACCCCUGCUAGUCAGCGCAAUGUUUCCCUCUGGAGACAGUUUGUGAGGGCUCGUCGGACAUGGCAGCCUGUGAACUCUACGCCCAGUAUGCCCGUGUAUGGCUGCCAGAUGCACGAGACGUGUGGAAGUCAGCAGAGCUCACCAAAGACUACAGACCCGGCGACCUGAAGCUGAGUGUGCAGCUGGAGGAUGGCACGGAGGUGGAACACAAAAUCGAUCCCCGAACCAACAACCUGCCACCACUAAGAAACCCUAACAUCCUGGUAGGGGAAAAUGACCUCACAGCUCUCAGCUACCUCCACGAGCCUGCAGUGCUGCACAACCUCAAAGUGCGCUUCAUCGACUCCAAGUUGAUUUACACGUACUGUGGGAUUGUCCUGGUUGCCAUCAACCCUUAUGAGAGCCUGCCCAUCUAUGAAGCUGACAUCAUCAAUGCCUACAGCGGACAGAACAUGGGAGACAUGGACCCUCAUAUCUUUGCAGUAGCAGAAGAGGCAUACAAACAAAUGGCCAGAGAUGAAAGGAACCAGUCCAUCAUUGUGAGCGGGGAGUCUGGAGCCGGCAAAACCGUCUCCGCUAAGUAUGCUAUGCGUUACUUCGCCACGGUCAGCUGCUCCUCCAGUGAGGCCAGCGUUGAGGAGAGAGUCCUGGCCUCCAACCCCAUCAUGGAGGCUCUUGGUAAUGCCAAGACAACGAGGAAUGACAACAGCAGUCGCUUUGGGAAAUACAUUGAGAUUGGGUUCGACCAGAAGCAUUGUAUAAUUGGGGCUAACAUGCGAACGUACUUACUCGAAAAGUCUAGAGUCGUGUUUCAGGCGGACGAAGAGAGGAACUACCAUAUAUUCUACCAGCUCUGUGCCUCUUCACAUUUACCGGAGUUCAAAGCCUUCAAAUUAGGUUGCGCAGAUGACUUCCACUAUACUAACCAGGGUCAGAGCCCAGUCAUCGCUGGAGUGGAUGAUGCCAAAGACAUGUGCAAUACAAGGAGGGCUUUCUCAAUGUUAGGAAUCGGUGAAAGUGAUCAAAUGGCCAUUUACCAAAUCAUUGCAGCUAUUCUUCAUCUUAGCAAUGUGGAGGUGAAAGAUCAGUCGGCAGAGAGAAGCAGCAUCUCGCCUGAGAACGCCCACCUGGUGGUGUUUUGUGAGUUGAUGGGUGUGCCCUGUGAAGAAAUGGCCCACUGGUUAUGUCAUCGGAAACUCAAGACGACCACAGAAACCUUCGUCAAGCCGGUCUCCAAAAUAAAUGCGGUGAAUGGCCGCGAUGCACUAGCCAAACACAUCUAUGCAAGAGUCUUUAGCUGGAUUGUGUGCAGCGUCAACAAUGCCUUGAAGUCUGCAGCAAAGCAAAGCUCCUUCAUUGGCGUGCUCGACAUUUACGGGUUUGAAACAUUUGAUGUCAACAGCUUUGAGCAGUUUUGCAUUAAUUAUGCCAACGAGAAGCUUCAACAACAAUUCAACCUGCACGUCUUUAAACUGGAGCAAGAGGAGUACCUGAGGGAGGAGAUCUCUUGGACGUUGAUUGACUUUGCCGACAACCAGCCGUGCAUUGAUCUGAUUGAGGCCAAGCUGGGGGUUCUGGACCUUCUGGAUGAAGAGUGCAAAAUGCCCAAAGGCUCUGAUGACACAUGGGCCCAAAAGCUUUACAACACCCUCCUGAAGCAGAAUGCUCACUUUGAUAAACCCAGGAUGUCAAAUAGAGCUUUCAUCGUCCACCACUUUGCUGACAAGGUGGAGUACCAGUGUGACGGUUUCCUGGAGAAAAACAAGGACACGGUCAAUGAGGAGCAGAUAAAUGUUCUGAAAAAGAGCAAGGUUGAUUGGCUUUUGAAGCUGUUUGAGGAUGAUGAGAAGGCAACAAGUUCUAGGAACACACGUGCCAGUGUGACUGGAAGGGCUGGUCAGUCCCAGCGGGAUAACAAGAAGACUGUUGGACUUCAGUUUCGACAGUCCCUUCAUUUGCUGAUGGACACACUAAACGCUACAACUCCUCACUACGUACGCUGCAUCAAGCCAAAUGACAACAAAUCCCCUUUCAUCAUGGAUCCUGUGAGGGCAGUGCAGCAGCUUCGAGCUUGUGGCAUCCUCGAAACAAUCCGGAUCUCCGCAGCAGGCUUCCCAUCUAGAUGGACCUAUCAGGAAUUCUUUAGUCGCUAUCGGGUCCUCAUGAAGCAAAAGGAUGUGUUUCAUGACGGAAAACAAACCUGCAAAAAUCUCCUAGAAAAACUUGUAAAGAACCAGCAUCUGUAUCAAUUUGGCAAAAACAAGAUCUUCUUCAGGGCUGGUCUGGUAGCUUACCUGGAGAAGCUGCGCUCUGACAAGCUGCGAAUGGCUUGUGUCCGUAUCCAGAAGACCAUCCGCUGCUGGCUGGCCCGCAAAAAGUACCUGAGGAUGAGGGAAUGCGCCAUCACAAUACAAAGACAUGUACGGGGUCACCAGGCGCGCUGCUAUGUUAUGUUUCUGCAAAGAACCAGAGCAGCUGUCAUCAUCCAGCGGAAUCUGCGCAUGUGGGUGACGAGGACACGCUACCAGCAGCUGCGCUCUGCAGCAAUCGCCAUCCAGUGCUUCCUGAGGGCCUACAUGGCUAGAAAGCAGUACUACAAGUUGGUAUUUGAGCGAAAGGCUGUCGUCAUCCAGAAAUGGAUUAAAGGCUGGCAGGCUAGAGCGCACUACAAACGCACUAUGGCAGCCAUCGUCCUGCUGCAGAGCUGUGUGCGCCGCAUGAAGGCAAAGAAGGAAUUGAAGAACCUGAAGGUGGAGGCUCGCUCUGUGGAGCGUAUAAAGAAGCUCAACGUUGGUAUGGAGAACAAGAUAAUGCAGUUGCAGCACAAGAUCAAUGAGCAGCAUAAAGACAACAGAGAGCUCAGUGAAAGGCUGAAUUUUAUGGAGAAGAGCCAGACUACAGAGAGGGAGAAGCAGAACAGAGAGAUCGAAAACUUACGCAGAUCAGAGCAGGAGGCCAAAACCAAGGCGGCGGCACUUCCCUCACUGCUGGAGCAGCUCUCGUUCCUUCAGCACGAGCUGGAAAACACCCGCAAGGAGAAAGAAGACCUGGAGGAGCACACCAAGGUCUACAAGGAGCAGACACAGCAGGUGGUAGACGACCUUAACAUGAAGAACAGCUUGCUGAACAGCGAAAAAGAUGAACUGAACAAACAAAUCCUGGAACAAGCUGUUCAGUUACAAGAUAUCAGAACCAACGUUGAGGAUGCUAAACAGAUGGAGAAGGACCUAACUGAAGAGCGCUAUCGCUACCAAGCUCUGCUGAGUGAACACCUGCAUCUGGAGGAGCGGCACAGAGACGCAGAGGAAGAGAUGAAUCUCUGCAAUAGUUCAAGCAAAUCUACUCACAAGAGGACAGACUCCAAUUUCAGCAGCAACUCCUCCGAGUUCAGUCACAGCUUAGGCUCCACUGAGGGGGAAGACAGCGCCAUACAUAUAGAGGAUGAGACUCAGGCGACUGUGGACCUGCCCGUCCUACUGAAGCUCCAGAGAAAAGUGAAAGAGCUGGAGCAGGACAAACAGUCGCUAUGGCAACAGCUGGAAAACAGGGAAGAAGCCCAACAAGAGAAGGCAAAAGAGGUGGAAGAGCAGAGAACUGUUGGCAGGGCAGAACUGGACUUGGAAACACUCAAGUGGCAAGAAUUGGACUCUGAGAACAAGAAGUUGAAACAGAAUCUGAAUGAGCUGAGAAAGUCUCUGACCAAUGAGAGUAGUGAGUUUGCGCCUCCGACCGCGGGCUCUCUGCCCUACAACAUACUGCUGGAACAACUCAGUUCUUCCAAUGACGAGCUGGAGAUGCGAAAAGAGGAAGUGCUGCUCCUCCGGUCACACAUGGUCCGCCAGGAGGCUCUUAAACAUAAGGACUCUGUGCUCGGGGAAGGUCUGAAAUUAGAUCUAGGUGAAAUUCCUUCAUUUCCAGAUGUUGACAGGUCCACUAACAUCCAUACACUCAAUGAGGAUGGAGAGCUGUGGCUGGCUUAUGAAGGCUUGAAAGAGACCAAUAGAAUUUUGGAGUGCCAGAUGCAGGAGCAGAAACGUGCCACCGAUGAGGAGAAUAGAAAGCUGCUUGACGAGGUGAACAAGUUCAAGGCUGAAAAGGAGCAACAGCAGAAGCUGCUGACCCAGAGCCUCCUCCUGCCUGAAGAUGCCCGUAUUGAGGCGAGCCUGAAGCACGAGAUGACCCGGCUCACCAGCGAGAACCUGGAGCUCAUGGUGCAGCAGGAGCAACAAGAGGAAACUAUACGCAAGUUGAAAAAACAACUGAAAGUACACAUCAAAAAACUGGAAGAUCUGGAAGCGAGUGCGCAGCAAAAGUAUAAAGCCCCGGUGACUACUAGUCCUGGCAGAGCGGUGAAUAUCACCCGCAAAGAGAAGGAGUACCGCGGCAUGUUGGAGUACAGGGAAGGGGACGAGACGCGCUUGGUCAAGAAGCUGGUCACUGAUCUGAAGCCUCGAGGUGUAGCAGUCAGCUUCAUUCCCGGGCUUCCGGCGUACAUCAUCUUCAUGUGCGUACGAUAUGCAGACAAUGUGAAUGAUGAUCAGAGAGUCAGCACUCUGCUCAAUUCCACCAUCAGCGGCAUCAAGGGGGUCAUUAAGAAGAGAGGAAUUGAUUUUGAAGUGGUGUCAUUCUGGCUCGCCAACACAUGCAGAUUAAUGCACUGUUUGAAGCAGUACAGUGGCGAUGAGGCCUUCACAACGCACAACACCGCCAAGCAGAAUGAGCACUGCCUGGCCAACUUUGAACUGUCCGAAUACCAGAAGGUAUUUGGUGAUCUUGCCAUCCAAAUUUACCGCCAGCUCAUCAAAUGCAUGGAAGACCUCCUACAGCCCCUGAUUGUGGCAAGCAUGCUGGAACACGAGACCAUCCAGGGUGUUUUGGGGUCCAAACCUACAGGCCUGAGGAAGAGAAGCACCAGUUCCCCAGAGCAGGCUGUCACAGUGGAAGUCCUGCUGCAGCGUCUCGGCGCCUUCCACACUACCAUGAGUCAGCACGGGUUGGACUUGGACCUCAUCAAACAACUCUUCAAGCAGCUGUUCUACGUCAUCUGUGCGGUCACACUCAACCACCUGCUGCUGCGGAAGGACAUGUGCUCCUGGAGCAAAGGCCUGCAAAUCAGGUACAAUGUAUGGCAUUUGGAGGAGUGGCUGGUGGAGAGGGAACUGUCAGACUGCGGCGCCAAGGAGACGUUGGAGCCUCUCAUACAGGCUGCACAGCUCCUACAGAUCAAAAAGAAGACCGAGGCGGAUGCCCAAAUUAUUUGCACCAUGUGCACUGCCCUCACCACGGCACAGAUCGUCAAAGUGUUGACCUUGUACACACCGGUGAUUGAGUUUGAAGAACGAGUGUCGACCACUUUCAUCACAACUAUAAAAAACCUUUUGAAAGAUCGAGUUGAGUCAACUACAUUGAUGAUGGACGCUAAGAAGAUCUUUUCCAUCACCCUCCCCUUUUCCCCCUCCUGUGUGGCUCUGGAGACCAUUCAGAUCCCUGCCAGCCUCAAUAUGGGCUUCGUCACCCGCAUUUAGACUGGAGACCUGACACUUUUACUGGAGUAAACACUGACUGAUGUUUCUACCAGUUGUAAUGUUCUCACGAUCUCUGCUUAUUGCAGCACUACAGCAGAAUAAUGACACAUUGUUUACAUGCAUUAACUUUACAGCACCGCACAACUAAAGACCGACAACUUGACAAAGUGUUUUUAUAGGUCAUCUGUUAUCACACCUGCCCCAAAGUAUUGCUGAUACAAGUUUUGAUACUAUUUAGUGAAUUAAUCUGCAUAUAUUUCUUAAUACAAUUAAAGUAGCAAGAUCUGACUGAA